CCAUUUUCGGCGUCGUGACGGGGCCAAGGCAUGACAUCAAACCGCAGCAGAUCGUAAUCCUGCUUUGUGCUGCACGAAGCUUUGCCAUCGUUCAACAAUGGGAAGGAAGAAGAAGAAGCAGAUGAAGCCAUGGUGUUGGUACUGUAAUCGUGACUUUGACGACGAAAAGAUCCUCAUACAACACCAGAAGGCUAAACAUUUCAAGUGCCACAUAUGUCACAAAAAGCUAUACACUGGUCCGGGUUUGGCCAUCCACUGCAUGCAGGUACACAAAGAGACCAUUGAUGGUGUACCAAAUGCUAUACCUGGAAGAAUAGACAUAGAGCUGGAGAUCUAUGGCAUGGAGGGGAUUCCAGAGAAAGACAUGCAGGAGAGACGGAGAACGCUGGAACAAAAAUCUCAAGAAAGCCAGAAAAAAAAGCAGAACGAAGAUGCCUCGGAUGAGGAAGAUGAUGAUGACGAGCCAGGGCCCUCGUUUCAGCACCCGCCAGCUGCUCAGGCCCCCGCUAGCUACAACCCUGCCAUGGGCCAGCCUGCCCCGGUCAUGCCCCCUGCUGGCUACCAAGGAAUGCCUCCAAUGAUGCCAGGCGUCCCGCCCAUGAUGCAUGGGAUGCCCCCUGGCCACAUGCAUGGGAUGCCACCAGGCAUGAUGCAGAUGGGAGGGAUGAUGCCCCACAUGAUGCAAGGGAUGCCCGGCAUGCCCCCAGGUAACCAGUUUAAUCACUCCUUUUCAAGGAUGCCACCCCACAUGGCCCCUAGGCCUGGCAUGCCCCUCAUGGGUCAGCCGCCUGCAGCGGGUUCAGGCAUGCCCAGCCGGCCUGCUGUUCCCCCAGCCCAGCCAGCCGUGACAAAGCCCCUCUUCCCUAGCGCAGCACAGGCCCAGCAGAGUGCGUCGGUGUCGGCCCCCUCCCACAGCGCACCCUCCACUGAGCCGCCAAAAGCAACAUUCCCUGCAUACACCCAACCCCCUACCUCCUCCUCGUCUGCUUCUUCCUCUAACCUUUCUAGUGGCGGUGGGGCUAAGCCCCCAGUCCCGGUGACCAGUAAGCCCGCCACACUGACCACAACGAGUGCGACCAGUAAGUUGAUCCACCCUGAUGAGGACGUCUCGCUGGAGGAGCGUAAGGCUCAGUUACCCCGCUACCAGCGCCUGCUGACCAGGGUGGGACAGCCCCACGUGGUGGGUCAGCCCCACGUGGUGGGUCAGCCACAUGUGGUGGGUCAGCCCGUGGCCGCAGCGGGCGGCAUGAUGCCUCCGCAGCAAGGUAUGCCACCACAGCAGCCUGGCAUGAGACACCCCAUGCACGGUCAGUAUGGGGCCCCUCCACAGGGCAUGCCUGGCUACCUGCCUGGGGGGAUGCCCCCUUACGGGCAGGCUCCUCCAAUGGUGCCCCCCUACCAGGCCGGGCCCCCCAUGGGGAUGCGGCCCCCGGUCAUGUCCCCCGCGGGCCGCUACUGAAGCACCUCACUAGGUUUGGAGGUUAGCACCUUUCUCUGAUCCUUGUGCUUUUUUCCAAACCUAGCCGCAGGCAGUGAGCUGUAGGACCAGGGGCACUGAAGACAAACCGAUAAAGCCUGAGUAACACACGGACGUUUAAUGCAAUACCUUUUAGCAGGGUGGGGGAAGGAACGGUCUGCCGGCUGUUUAUACAUGCGUUUCUCUGCCCCUGUGUUCCACUCAGGUUUGUAGAAGUGAAGCGUGUUUAAGUACAGAAUCCUAUUUUUGUUUGGAAGCUGCUGGAGUCACAUGAGCGAUCCCCUAAAAGAAAAGGCAAGUUUCUCUUGUAAACGUGUUUUUAUUUUAUUUUUCACUUUUACUUUCCUCUUUAUGUUUUUGUUUUGGUAGAAUCAUUGAUGCCCUCACAGCACUUCUGGUGCUGUUGGACUCGUGUCCCCAACCGCGGUUGGUGAGGGCGUCGGUGACAGACUUGACCAGUGUGUCCCCACGGUGCUCCUCAGCCUGGCAGCUGCUAGCUUUACUCUUGACCUGCUCAGGUGUCCCUAAAGCUACCCCCUGCCCAGCGAGGCUUGCUUGUGUCCAUCCUCUGUAAUGUUUUAACAAUCUGUUGUAAUAAAGCCCAACUUUGAAACAAACUAAAGAGAAUGCUGGCGUGUCCUGUGGGAGAAGUCUUCAUUCAGGUUGGUUCUGCAGUCGUUUUGAUUUAGUUCUCUGUGGUGUAGGGACGGACCAAAUGUAAAUAUUUCUCAAGUCGAUUGAGAAAUGAUUUGCCAAUGAUUUACCAUUCAAUGAUCCGCCAUAAGUAAGACAGAAUUUCCCUCCUAGCGCAAUGUUCAAUUUGUGUGUGGCAUCAGUAUGAGGUACAGUAUUCACAUGUAACAAAGAACCUACAAACCUACACCUUAAUUGUGAACGUCCUCUGAUUUGAUCCUUAUUUUUUUAUUAUACUUGGUGUGCAUGGAUGUACUGUUAACAGUAAUGCAGUGUCUGUCCUAAAUGAUUCUGUCUUAAUGAGCUUAAUAAAGGUAAUUUUGCUGCGUAUGCCUACUUUUUUUACAUGGCAAUAAGUAAUAUAGGUCAGUGAUAUCAAAACUAUUUUAUUGAAGCAAUGUUUUAAGUGCCUCCACGUAUGGGUGGGUCAUUUUAUCAUUUUUUUGGCACCAGUAUUACUUGAAUACAAUGAAUACUAGGUGCGACAAUAUUACAGAAAUAUUCUUGCAUCUCAGUUUCCUUGAUUCUGCACAAGGUCGUGACAUGACCUUGUGGAUGAGUAAACCGGUCGGUUAUCAGAUUUCUAAAGAAAAAAUAAGUCAUGAAAUGAUGGUCACGAGUUAACUGUUUUUGAUUCAACGGUUACAAGUGGGUCAUAUUUAGAUAUAUUUAUAGAGGUAUAUAGAUAGACUGGCAGCCAGACUUUCCCUUAAGGCGGACAUCUUGACAUGUCUCCUCUCUUCAUGUAGGCCUACUAUGUACUUUAGCUAAAAGCUUAUGGAGCACGUGCUCUGCCACGCUGGCCUGACGACCUCAACCACAACCAAAACACUAUCCGCAAGCCUUUGACGUAUUACAGUGCGAGAGCACUAACACGUCCCCUGCUCUUCCCUAUUUCAUUGGUCAGAAAGCGCAAUGUAAGGAAGCGUAAUGCAUUAGAGUGGUGAUGUCACGCCCCUUCCGGUAGAGCCUAUGAGAUCGAAAAAUAUGAAUGGGUUUCAAUUGGAGAGUAAUUAUUUUCUGGUCCCAGUCUUUAUAUAACCGUAUCAAACUUCUUCGUGAUUUUUUUGUUUUCUUUGCAUGAAAAAUCAUUUAAAUCCACAAUCCUACGUGUAAUCAAGGGCAUAUAAAGGCUGGGACCAGAAAAUAAUUAUUUGCUCUCCAUUGAAUCCCAUUCUUAUUUUUCGAUCUCAUAGGUGCCAUGGGCUCUCCUGGAAGAUGAUUGACUUCGCCACUCUCGCUUCAGAAAAUUAAUUAUGUUUUUCUGGAUUAACAAGCUAAUUAGCUCAGAAUUCUGGGAUUUUUUUAAAGUAAAAAUAAAUUCAGUUUUUAUAAGUUUACGAGUUACCUCAAAAUCCUAAGAAGAUCUCAUUCACUUAAUAGCUCUAUUUCAACAACAGCGUGUAGCUAUCCGUGGCGCGACUGUUUUCUUCGUAGGAGGAAUCCGGGAAAAGUCCAGCCUCAGGCACUAGGAUUGGACAGGCAGCCUGUCCGUCAAACUUGCACGCUUUCUCCUAAUCCUAUCAGAGAAAUGCGUUUGACUAUCGAGUUUAAUAUAAUUACAAUAAAAAAUAACCUUCCCUGCGGUCACUUGACAGAUUCUAGCCUUUUAUUGUUUGGAUCAGGGAUUUUAAAGGUCCCAUGACAUGCCACCACGUGUGUAUGGAAGCAGAUAUAUAGCAAAAUUCAAAUGGCAAUGCAAUUUGUAACUUGCAAUUCAAUAAGUCAUUACAUUAUGCAAUUGACCAUUCAUUAUGCAAUUUAACAAUGUAAUUUGUGAAUACGUUAUUCAAAGUGGAUUUUAAUAUGCAAAUUGACAAUGAAAUCCUCAAUACAAUUUGCAAAAGUUAUAACAAUAAAAAUAGAAUAACUGUCCAAUUUUUUGAGUUCCUUUAUUCAAAUUGAAAAGCUAUAGCGUCCCCGGGAUUGUAAUGCACUUCGCCACGCUCCGUGCGUUGCGAAAUUCAAAUUACAUUUCAAUCCGCAAGUCACUUCGUUUUACAAAAGAUAAUGCAAAACGCUUUGCAAAAGAUUUUGCAAAACGUAUCAGCCAAUCGCGUCUGGGCGGGAUCUACGUCACUUCCUCGCCAGACCAGCUGAUCAUCCACGACCUAGCACUUGGCACUUUCUUUCUAUGCCUAGCAUUGUGCCAGGUUUGAGGGUGUUGACGUAUAUAGUAAUAAGGUGAAAAUGGCGGAAAAGACAGUGGCGGAGCUGCUGCGGGAGGCCGCUGUGACCCUAGAUGAGCAGCGGGAUGCAGGGUCCGAAACAGCGACCAACAUGCCUGCACCGGAGAAGGGCGCGCAAACUGCAUGUGCCACUUUUCUGCUCGUAUAGGCUACUUUACUGAAAUAACUAGUCAGGGUCGUUAUCUCCCUUGGACGAUCUGUAGGUAUGCUUUGUUGAUCUGAAUAAACGUUGUGUCUCGAGUGAUACUGCAUUGUCUCACAUUGAUUCUCGAGCUCGCUGCUUUGCUUAGAGACGAUCCAGAGCAAGAGACUACACCUAAACUUUUCAAACUGGGGGGCGUCAGAGUUCUUCUGGGGGGGCGCGACCUGAGAAAAAAAUAAACCCCAAAAAAAACCUGAAAGUCGAUGAUUCAAAUCAUCAGUCGUACUUCAACUGAAGAAGUAACAUAACUAAAUCAAUUUUCAACCGUUUAUCUUCGUGCAAACCAUUUAUCAAAAUCUACACACUUGUAUCUUCAAUAAUAUCUGAACAGAAUUUCGAUAUCAUUUAAAAUUUCUUUAGAAUCAAUUUUAGUUUCAUACCGCUUCGUUUUCAGCUGUUUUCAUUGAAGACGUCUGCCCAUUCUGAUACACCUACUUCUAGACAUCGUAACUCAUUCCUUUUUCAACCGUUUACCAUCGUUCAAACCAUUAAACAAAUCUACACACUUGUAUCUUCAAUAGUAUCUAAGGAAUUUUGAUAGCAUUUAUACUUUUUUCAGAAUCAAAGUUUUAGUUUCAAACCGGCAUCGUUUUCAGGUGACCUAAUAAUUUAGGUCACCAUAGCAAAGCCGGUAAACAAACCCCGCCGAAUAGUCGAAUCUCUGGACUGAAAAGGCAGAUCUGAUUCGACUCAGAAAAUUCAGAGUCGGGGACAGCCCUAGAAAAUAAUAUUGCUGGCUAACUUUAGCAAAAUGGAUCGUUUUUUUACGACAGAGUAUUAGGGCAACACGUGAAGAAAAAAAAUAUUUUUGCCGUGACGAGAUUAAAAUCGACACGUCGACUUUAAAGUCAACAUGUCGACAUUAAACUCGAAAUGUCGAGAAUAUAGUUGAAACAUCAUAUCGACUUUAAUCUCGACGUGUCCAUUUUCCGUUCCUCUGUCAGCACGCAGACGCUCUGGGCAUCCUUCCAAGCGUGCGGCGGAGGACACCAAGUAGUCAUCCGCUGUAGUAGUGCGGCAUUGCAUUGCCAUCAGUGGUUGCAUUGACGGUUUUAGUUGCUAUAUUGUUUGGAUGGAGGCCUACACCACAAACAAUGACCCCAGGGUUAUUGCAGACUACUUCGUGUCAUCAGUUUAUGACCUAUAAACGUUGUUAUAAUGAUUGAUAGUCAUGUUUAACCAUACUAAAGUGUCAAAUAAUGACGUACAUGCAUUUCUUAUUCUUAGGCUUUAGAUUUACUGGUUUGGAGUCUCUGGGUCUCUGGGUCACAUGGCAUGGAAGCUAUUGAAAGAAAUAUGAUAAUUCCUGCAUAUUAAUAUUGUGGCGACUCCUACCCCCUGGGGAGUCUGGGUAAUGGGGUAUUCAUAAUGUUGUUUGGGGAAAAGGGGGUUUAUUGUCUUUAGAUAACUUGUUUAUGUUAUUAGGUUAAGUGGGGUUAACGGGUUUGGGGUUCUUUAUUGUUUGUGUGUUAAUUGUGAUGUGUAGUGUGAUCGGGACCAUUAGUGAGAGUGUUGUGUGUGUUGGUCAGGUGUGCCGUGUUUUCUGUUGUGUGUUUGAAUAAAGGCAGCUCUCGGGGUCGUGCGGUGUAUUGAGGCACGAGAGUUGCGCCGCCAUUCCAACCUGGGCUCCUGUCUCGUCCUUCCCGCGCUGCUCGCCACAAUAUUCAUAUAAAAUAGAGGAAGCAACCUACCAUAACAAG